AUGUCCAGUCAUCUAAUAUAAUGCAUCAAUCAUCUUAUAAGUCAGCUAUAAACAUGACCCAUUAAAAUUGAAGCAAACAAGGAUGUUGCUACAAUGCUAUUCUCAACUGUCCCUAUUUUUGUGUUGAGGGGUUACCCAUGAUUUCAGGAUUGAGAUCCCUACAGUUCAUGACCUCAACAUGAACUCCCACCCCUCCUCCCUCUCUCACAACACUCAGACAUGAACGCAUGGAAAUGCAUAUUUAUCUUUUCCCUUCUUCCCUGGUAUACAUUGCCCUUAUAUCAUACUCUUUUCUUGAGGUCACUUGUGGGGCUGAUGAUGGGAAGCUAAGUAACAAGAUGCUUUAAAUUAAGUUUUUCAAUUAAAUUGCCAGGACAAGAAAAUUGUUGAACAUAGAUUUGAUAGCUUGGUGAUGUCAUUAGCUGUAAUUGAUUAUUGACCUGGUUGGCUGGGUACAGAUUGGUCCAUAACCUUAUGGGUGCACAGCUUGAGUGAGACCUGUGAUGACAGAGCGUCAUGGUGGAUGCUUCUAUAGGCACUCUUGGUUUGUCUCAAGGCCCUUAUCCUUUUCCCCUGCUAUGGAAGGCACAUCAGCUGCAAGGGAUAGUGGUGGCUCAACUUCAUCCAGGUCGGACAGUAGUGAUUACGAGUCUGUGGCCAAGACACAUCACUCUCAUCGUAAUUUUUCAAGUCGCCGUUGCUUUAUGUCAAAACCUGUUCACCCAUUGACCCUUCCAUCUGACACACCUAGAAGAGAAGCUACUGACAGCAAUGCUGCUGGGUAUUUGGAAUUUGAUGCUGUUACUCCUCGAAGAGAAAAACAUCGCUUGAGCAGUGCUAGUGGUAGUGUCGAUCUCACUGAUGUUUCUGAGCCAUUUGAAGCUGAUUUUUCAAGUAGAUAUUGUAAUCCAUCAGAUAGUUUCAAAUGUGGAUUGUGUGAGAGGCUUCUUUCACAGAGAUCUCCUUGGAGUUCUCGACGUAUUGUGAGAAGCGGAGACAUGCCUGUUGCUGGGGUUCUUUCAUGCUGCCAUGUAUUCCAUGCUGAAUGCUUGGAGCAAACCACCCCAAAGGCCAACAAAAAUGACCCCCCUUGCCCAAUCUGUGCCAAAGUUGAAGAGGAGAAUUCUCCAGAUCAGCGGGUCUUUUCUAAGUUCUUCCCUAGGCUUAGGCCUUUCUGCGAAGAUGGACCAUCAAGGCCAUGGGGUUGCGCACAGGCAGGAGAUUGUGUUGAAGGUGCUUUGCAUGCACCUUCCCGCAGUACCAUGUUGUCACUUACUCGGAGUCGGAUUAAAAAGAAUCUCUCGUUGAAGGGUAAUGUAGGCAGAGACUUUCCCGGGAAGGCGAGGAAAAGUGGCUCAUUUGCCUCACAGUUAUUUGUUGGUUCAGUUGACCAUGGAGUCGCUUGUUCGUCCGAGACAGUUUCUGGCACAAGUGUGAAGUGAAACCAGAAGAGUGUGUCUGAUGAUUAGGAGGACCAUAUAAAAAUGUAUUUGCAUUUCAGGGAUCAAUCCAUGGCUUUGGGUUGAUUGCAGUCGGUGUGUUGAAUUGGGUAGUUGGGUUGUGUUUCUGUAAUGUUUAGUGGGAUUUGGGGUUCUAAAUUAGGAAAAUUUGACGUAUGUUGUAAUCAUUUAGCCUGGAUCUAAAUCACAAGGAUGUAAAAAUGAAUGAUGGAAAUGCCACGAAAUCGGCCUAAUGAAUUACUAUUAUUGAAAAUUGUUGUUGCCA